AUGCCGUGGUUUCACGGGAAUAUAACACGCGAACGUACUGAGAAAUUACUUUCGAAUAGAAGUGACGGGACAUUCUUGGUGCGAGAUUCUACCAAUUUUCCAGGAGAUUUUACGCUAUGUAUGGCAUUUAAAGGGAAAGUCGAACAUUAUAGGAUUUACCAUCAGUCUAACGGACGCCUGACUUGUGAUCACGAAGAAAAUUUUGAAAAUUUGACAGAGCUUGUGAAACACUAUAAGCGAGAUGCUGAUGGGCUCUGCUGUAGAUUAGCAACCCCGAUUAUUGAGGAAAACUACUGCAUACCACGUGAUAAUCUUAGUUUUGAGGAUCGAACACGUUUUUUUCGGCAGAGUUCCUUGGUGAUAAGACGCUCGGAUAUUCAUCUUGGUGAUAUUAUUGGACACGGGGAGUUUGGAGAUGUUCUAUCUGGUAAUUAUGAUGGGCGGUGUGUUGCUGUCAAGGUUCUGAAAAGGAGUGGUAUGGUACAGUCUUUGCUUGACGAAGCGAAGUUUAUGAUUGACUUAGAUCAUAAGAACCUCGUAUCAUUAGUGGGUGUUGUGCUGGAUGAUGCCAGUGAUGUGUUUAUGGUCACUGAGUACAUGGCCAAUGGAAAUUUGGUAGACUUUCUACGUUCUCGUGGUCGUCACCAGGUGGAAAGGCUGCAGUUAACACAGUUUGCGAUGGACAUUUGCGAGGGGAUGCGUUAUUUAGAAGCAAGGAAUGUUGUACAUCGAGAUUUAGCAGCUCGGAACAUCUUGUUGGAUAACACGUUAACAGCGAAAAUUAGCGAUUUUGGAUUAGCAAAAAAAGCAAAUGAAUGUCAUUCGUUAGAGAGUACUGUAGGGAAGUUCCCAAUCAAGUGGACUGCUCCGGAAGCGUUGCGCUACAGUCGUUUUUCGACUAAGAGUGAUAUGUGGUCAUUUGGAGUUUUACUGUGGGAAAUAUUUUCAUUUGGUCGAGUUCCCUAUCCGCGCAUCCCUAUCCAAGAUGUAAUACGCCAUAUUGAAAAAGGAUAUCGUAUGGAGCCACCGGAGGGCUGCCCUACGGGGAUUACAAGAUUAAUGAAUGACGCAUGGACUUUAGAACCUGACCAGAGACCUUCGUUCAGUGAAGCCUUGGAGAGGUUAAAACAUGUACAUUCAAGCAUAAUUUCUGUUACAAUGGGUAUGUCUAGCUGA